GUGGGAGCCACCAGUGGCAGGGACCACGUCUUUGCCUUGCUUGAAUCCAGGCAGGAAAAUUCCUGGCAUGCAACCCCAGAAUGUUUUCUGGGUGACACUCCUACUUUUUUACUUCCAAGCCGAAACCUCACCCGUGCAACUGAAUGGCGUUCUGGGGAAUUCCAUCACUUUCCAGAUCAAUGAAUCAAAACCAUUUGCAACCAUUUCCUGGUUCAGGAUUGAGAAAAAUAGCAAAUUCAGUACCCUUGCCCUGGUGGCCCCCAAGAAGCCCUGCAAACUUCUCAUCCCCCUCCAGGCAUUUAAGGAGCGGGUCAGCUCCACCAAGGACUGCCGGAAUCUGCAUCUCAGCCAUCUAAACCAAGAGGACAUGAACAGAUAUACGGCAAACAUCGCUUUAACAACUUCAGAAAAAAUCAACGAGCACUUUGACCUGAAAGUUUACAAACAUUUGCAGAGUGAGGACCUGUCCAUCAACUGCACAAUCAAUAGGGGUCAGACAAAAUCAUUGCAGUUGAACUGCUCUGUGGAGCGAUGGAAUGACAAGCUGGAUGUGCAAUGGGAUGUGGCAGAGGGGAUCAUCUCUCGGGUCACCCAUGAGAAUUUGCUUACCAUCAAUUACACCAGCAGACAAAUCUUUGACCAGGAGGUCAGCUGCAAGGUAGAAAACCCCGUUAGCAAGGUAUCCAAAACCAUGACGCUCAAAGAAGCAUGUUCAAAGCAUAAGAGAUACGUGAGCAAAAAGACUGUGGUGGCCAGAUUCAUUGUUGCAGGUCUUUCUAUGUUUUCUGGCAUCGUUGUUGCGUUCACUGUAUGGCUGAUCCCAUGCCACUCCAGGCGUCCGUGGUUUCCAUGCACCACUUUUGCCAGGACUGCCGAAGAAGCCCAGAUGGACCCAGAAAACCCUCUUCCUCCGCCACCACAGCCACCUGGAUGAGAGAGAUGAGCCCAAAGAACUGUGAGGAGGGGGCUUCCCAUGUGGACAAAGUAAUAAACAUUCACAUAGAUUCUUCCAAGGAUCCCCACCUCC